AUGGACGCCCGCAAGAAGAAGAGAAAGGUCUUGUUGAUGGGCAAGAGCGGCUCAGGAAAGUCGUCUAUGCGCUCUAUCAUCUUCAGCAACUAUGUCGCUAAGGAUGUCCGACGUCUCGGUGCCACCAUUGAUGUGGAGCAUAGCCAUGUGAAGUUCAUGGGGAACCUCACCCUCAAUCUUUGGGAUUGCGGAGGACAAGAUGCAUUUAUGGAAACCUAUCUCGCCUCUCAGCGCGGCAACAUCUUCUCCGACGUCGCCGUCCUUAUCUAUGUCUUCGACAUUGAAUCCCGCGAAGUCGAUCGGGACAUGGAUACUUACAAUGCAAUCAUUGAUGCACUACGUGAGUUCAGUCCGAACGCCUACGUCUUCUGCCUGGUACACAAGAUGGAUCUCAUCCAAGGCGAGCACCGCCAACGGAUCUACGAAGAACGCUCAGCCCUGAUCCGCUCUCGCUCGGAGGGCUUCCGCGUCGAUACCUUCGGCAGUAGCAUCUGGGAUCAAUCUUUAUACAAGGCAUGGGCAGGCAUCGUGCACAAGCUCAUUCCAAACCUAACCGUGAUCGAGCGGUUCCUCUCGGCAUUCGCAAAGAAGAUCGACGCCGAGGAAGUUAUUCUCUUCGAGCGGUCCACCUUCCUUACAGUGACCUCCGUGUCAUCAGAGAUAGGCGACUUGAACCCGAUCUUCGACCGCCACGAACGUCUAUCUAACAUCAUGAAGGCGUUCAAGCACUGCGCCGCCCGCAAUACCAGCACCACACCCGCUUCGGCCGGUUUCGUCGUCAUGCACACCAAAACCCCACAAUUCAAUAUCUUCCUUGGCAGAUUCACAGACAACACAUAUAUUUUCCUUGUGGUGCCUCCCGGUGAAGCAGCGUACAACUGCGCUGUUUUAAAUACCAUGCUUGCCCGCGAGGGCUUCUCCAAGGCUGCCGCCUCCGGACGAACAGAUGGAUUCCCGUUGCCGCCGCCCGAAACCCCGGACGACCAUGCGACCAAUGGGUCUGCAUAA